AUGGACAUGAGUCCUGGAGAUUUUAUCUCACUUAUAUAUCUCUUGAAGGCACCUAUUGAAGUAAUAGAUUUAAAGGGGAUUUUGGUCAGUGGCAAUGGUUGGGCCCACAUUGCAAGCAUUGAUAUCAUUUAUGAUAUUUUACAUAUGAUUGGCCGCGAUGACAUUCCUGUCGGUCGUGUAAAAUAUGGUGCUCCUAGAAACACUGACCAUCCAGAACUUCGGCAGCCAUUGGCUUUUGAAGUUUGGCAGUCUAUCAAAGAGAAGCUUCCUCCAAGUGAGAAGAUCACUAUUCUUACCAGUGGACCUCUUACAAAUUUGGCCAAUAUAAUGCUCUCUGACAGGAACACAAGUUCUGUAAUAGAGAAGGUUUAUGUUGUUGGAGGUCAUAUCAGAGGGGAUUUUGGUCAGUGGCAAUGGGUAGUGGGGGACUUAUUGACUCGGACACUCUAUGGGCUAGCUCGGUCAUUGCCAAGAAGUCCUAGAAGGUAUACUGCUGAAAAUUCAGUAAAAUAUGGUGCUCCUAGAAACACUGACCAUCCAGAACUUCGGCAGCCAUUGGCUUUUGAAGUUUGGCAGUCUAUCAAAGAGAAGCUUCCUCCAAGUGAGAAGAUCACUAUUCUUACCAGUGGACCUCUUACAAAUUUGGCCAAUAUAAUGCUCUCUGACAGGAACACAAGUUCUGUAAUAGAGGUCAGCUCUUUGAAACCUUUUGGUUCAGGGCAGUUCCAACUAGGUGAAAAUGAUUCCAAGGGAAAUGUGUUUACUGUUCCAUCAAAUAGAUAUGCAGAGUUUAAUACGUUUCUUGAUCCAGUAGCUGCGAAAACAGUCCUGGAGUCCUCUCUGGAUAUCACACUGAUUCCUCUGAGGUCUCAAAGAAAAGCUGCUUCCUUUAAGUCUAUACUUCACGCUUUGAAGCAUACUGAUCACACUCCAGAAUCAAGUUUUGUCCACCGCUUGCUGUUUUUGCUACAUGAACUUCAGCAGAAGCAUCGGCUGUAUCACCAUAUGGAUAUAUUUCUGGGAGAAGUUCAUGGUGCUGUCUACUUGGUGGAAGGAUUUAGUAUGAGACCGUUCAUACAAUCAAUUCCAAUAAGCGUCGUUGCCAACAGCUCAAGAAGCACGAAUGGGCAGAUUGUGGUCAACAAGCAGAGUGCAAAUUCUGUAAACGUUUUGGUUGAUUUCAGUAGUGGAAAAUACUACAGACGAGUUGGCAAAUCUUUAGGCAACAAGGAGCAAUCUGCUGCUGUUGGUAGUUUUGCAGAACAGAAUACCAUCUGGAGCAGGCCACCUGAGAUUCUCAGAAAUUGA